AUGAGCCCCCAAACCCACAAAGUUUUAGUCCUCUCCACCAAUCACCACCCGCCACCGUCGGACGCCGCCCAGCCAAAGCCAAUGCCCAACGUGGCCAUUGAGCUUGUUGACUACUGUGACAUGCCAAUUGGCAUCCCCAGUGAAAAACUAGGAGCAACCGACGGGUUUUCUUCAAGUAACUUGAUUGGGGUUGGCGGUUUUGGAUCUGUUUACAAGGGAGUCCUUGAUGAGAAUGGAACCGUCAUUGCUGUGAAGGUACUUAAUUUGAUGCUUCAUGGUGCUGCGAAGGGCUUCAUAACCGAGUGCGAGGCUUUAAGGAACAUCCGACACCGUAAUCUUUUGAAAGUCCUAACAGUAUGCUCGGGCACUGAUUAUAGUGGCAAUGAGUUUAAGGCCUUGGUUUAUGAGUUCAUGGUCAAUGGUAGCCUAGAAGAUUGGCUACAUCCAAGCCCAUCACCAACUAAUGUAGAUGGGAAUGUGCAAAAAUUGAGUCUCAUCCAGAGGAUAGAUAUUUCCAUCGAUGUUGCUUCAGCAUUAGAUUAUCUCCAUAACAACCUACAAAGCCCUGUUAUUCAUUGUGAUUUGAAGCCAAGCAACAUUUUACUAGAUGCUGAAAUGGUUGGACAUGUUGGAGACUUUGGUCUGGCGAAGAUCACGAUUGAAUCUCCCGAUGACAGUAAAGCAAGUAUGAGGUCUGUUGGUGUAAGAGGAACCAUCGGCUAUGCUGCUCCAGGUAAGUCUUGCGUGCUUUUUCCAUCUGCCUCAACUGGUUCUACUAUUAUUAUUUAUCUUUUAUUUGCAAUUUGA